CUCAUCAACCUGUCAUUUCCAUCCAUCUGACCCCUGCUGCUUCUUGACGGGGGCUGCGAAACAUUCAACGCGCCAGAGGAUCAACAACGCAUCUUUUGAGACCAAGCAGCUGCCAAUGUUCCCGUGCAUAUCCGACACCUCGACACCUCAUGGGUGUAUAACGCCAAGCAUCGUGAUGCUCUGCACUCCAAGAGACGGAAUUUUGGACCGAUAAUAUAUACCGGAUAGAUGAGUGGGGGUCAUUCAGGGCCGUCUGAUUGGCCUUUCUGGGAAGGACAGUGGACCUAGAACGCUACGGCCAUUCCAUCCGAUAUCAUGUCUCCCCAAUUUCUCACCUUCAUCGGGUAGGAGAGCCGGGUCAGAUAGGUAGUUACUUUAUCAGGACAUCAGUUCCUGCCUCCGCUGGCAAUACAGGGUUCCUCGACAGGAAUCGGGGUGCUAGUGCGGAGAGUUUUGACUGAUAGCAACAUUCCGGUAAGGUCUGGUGCCCAUGACCCCGUUAUCGCAUGGAGUUACCCCGCAUGAGUCUCUGGGGGAGCCAUCAGCACAUUCAAAUACGGUGUCAUCGCUGAGAGUUCUUAUCUCGAACUUCGUGAAAUCUCUGGCAUAUCCGAGCAUUAAACCACCGGGACAUCUGCGAUGUCGCCCAAGGACCUUACGGUAAAACGCUCCCUGAGGACAGGCAAGCGUAUAUCGAAAGCCUGCAGGAGAUGCCGGGACCAAAAGAUCCGAUGCUCAGGCUCGCACCCCUGCGACCAGUGUAGCAAACGAAGUUCGGCUUGUCAGUUUGACAGCACGUCACAACGGGUUCUUGUCACUCGGAGAUAUCUUGAUAGUCUUCACGAGCGAAUAGCGUCUGUCCAGCAGCGCCUUUCUCAUCAUGCCUCCAGCAGGUUGACUUCGGAGCGACGGGAACACUCGACCAGUCGCGAGAUGCAAUCUCCAGAGCCUGUGGACAGCGACCAGAAUCAAGGUUUACCACCAGAACAUGCGCCCCUCAAGGCGCCUGGGAUACAUGGCGGGAGGGAACCAAAAGCCCCUCUCACGAACCCCCUGGCCUUUCAUGUCACGGAUUGGGCACAAGGCCCUAUGGGCAAACCGCUAUUCAUGGGCACGUCGUCUACGUGGGCCUUCGGUCGACGGGUGUUAGGGAUGACCCAUAUGCGACUGACGGGCCUACCGCUGACACCCGAUCCGGACAAAUUGCUGUUUGAUCGGCAUGUCUAUGACGCCGGAUGGGAUGGAAACAAAGCCAAUACCCCUAGUAAUAUGUUUGAUGUCUCAAACCUUCCCACGGCCGAUUUUGCCCGCUAUCUUAUCAACUCGGUCAAGUUCCACUGCGGUCACCUCUUCUAUCUUUUUGAGGAAGAGUCGUUUAUGGAACAGUUUGCCGCCUUCCAACAGAACCCUUCGGAAAAAUCGCGUUCUUCGCCGCUGUGGUUUUGCCAUUACUUGCUAGUCCUCGCAUUUGGUAAGGCUUUUGUGGUGCAAUCGGUGCGAUCGCGAAGUCCUCCGGGGUAUGAUCACUUCAUCCAAGCCAUGCAAUGUAUGCCUGAUUUUACGUUCUUUGACGGCGACCCAAUCGAGAUGACGCAAGUACUCUGCUGUGCCGCGCUCUAUCUGCAGUGUAUCUACAGACGUGGACCAGCCUACCGCAUGCUGGGCACGGCGCUACGCUGGGCUCUAGAGCAUGGCAUGUAUACCGAAAUGCACGGGCUCUGUCUAGACGAAGCCUACGUACAGCGGUGCAGCCUCAUGUGGUGGACCAUCUACACGCUCGAACGUCGGAUGUCGUCUCUGCUAGGGGUGCCAAUGGGAAUAUCGGAGGAAAGCAUAAGUGCUUCGUUUCCUGCGAUAUCCCAAGAGAUCCAAGGCGCCAAUGUGCUCGAGAUGCAAGUGAUGCUGUGCCAGAUUUUGGCAAAAGUGGAUCUCACUGUGUACGGUAGCGAAGGGAAACUUGACAGUCGGUACCUGAGCGCCACGCAGUCCGUUCUCCGCGAUAUCGCCAACGUGACCGUACAGCUGAACGCUUCGUUCGACCUAUACGCCAACGGGUCCAUGAGUGGCACAUCGCGCAUCUCAGCGCAUUUGCAUUUGCUCGAGCAUCAGUGCAUCAUUCUCACGACCAGACCGCUUUUGUACAUUUUCCUCCAGUCGAAGCUUGGCCAGUCCGACCCGGCACUCAUGGAAUGGCUGCAAUCAGCUACAGUCAAAGCUUUGCUCCAUGCAUGCGUGGAGUCUGCCCAGCAAAUUCUCCGGAUUCUAUCAAACCUGCUCGAACAGGGUCUCUUGGAAACAUUCCUCCCUUUCGAUAUGGAUGCGGCGUUCAUCUCGACAAUCCCUCUCAUGAUGGCCGCGACAAUUGAUCAAUCACUACUACAGGACCAUUCACCCUGGUCUCAGCGUGCCUACACCAUAUUGGAAGAUAUGAGCACCCGUGGCAACAUCUGCGCUCGACUGGCGCAGUCGGAGUUGAAGCAGUUGGAUCACGAACUUGCUCAAUUAUCCUUGAAAAGCAACGUGCCAACGGUCCUGGCCACCGGUCUUCGUGGACCUGGAGAUGACAGUGGCCCCAUGGACAUCGUAACAUCGGGCGCUCCUGGUGGCUAUAGCCAAUCGCUUGAGCUGGAAUUUGCGGACAGCUUUCGACAACACUAUGAACUCAGCCCCGAUCAGUUGAUGGAGCUGGCUAAUUCAUUGGAUUUGAAUAGCUUGACCUGGCCACUUCCGUCAAUGGAUGACAUCCCGGCCCAUGAUCUCUAGAUAUGCCAGGAUCACAUCUAGUGUUAUUAUCGGAGUACUGUCAGCUGUAGCUAUGGCCUAAUUGAUAUCAAUAUGCGUAGGGUUUAUUUAUUGGCCAUUGAUAAGGCUGUCCUUGGAGAUCGCCCUCGGCAAGACCCAACAAUAGAUAAAAAGAAAAUUUAAGAAUCGCACAAGUAUGAGGAUAACC